CUGUGUUUUACUGGUGCGGACACUUGACAGUGUGUGAGCCCAGAGCUGCACACACCGAGCGGACCCUGCCGGAGCCUCAGCCCGCAGAUCCUAAAUGAGUCGGCCGUGAGCUGUGUGUUUGUGUGAAGGCAUGGGAAGGUAUUUCCACAGCGAGGUCGACAUUAAGAGUCCAUGGCAUCAGGUUCUGGCCGCCUUCUGGCAGCGCUACCCAAACCUGUACAGCGCUCACGUCCUCACCGAGGACGUCCUGUACCGCGGGGUCACCCCCAGCAACCACCUGUUGUCGCGGCGACUGCUGACCAAGACCAACCGGCUGCCGGGCUGGGCGGAGUGCAUCUUCCUCACUCACAUGGCCCGGGCGGGCUACGUCCUGGAGGACUCCAUCGUCGACCUGCACACACACACGUUUACCACCAAGACCUGGAACCUGAACCACAACACUCUGAUGAUGGUGGUCGAGCGCUGUUCGUUUGAGGAGGACCACAGUCAGCCAUGGACCAAACUGAGGAGGGGGGCCUGUAUCUCCUCGGCUGUCUACGGCCUGGCCCGGCCCAUACAGGAGUUUGGUCUGGCCAGGUUUAAAAGCAACCAGGACAAAGCCAUGAAGGGGCUGGAGUACGCACUGUCCAAGAUACAGAAUGAGGCGCCCUCUCAUCUCCAUGGUGACCACAGAGAGUCGUCAGAGAAGCACAAGCCCCUCCCCCCACAGACCACGCCCACCCAGAAGCCCAAGCAGUUUGUCUGAGCGUAAGGGGGCGGGGCAACAAGUCAAGUCCCAGCUGUGAUUGGUCGCUUCGUGAA